AUGACGUCUUCAGACGUGGCUACACUGAAACAUCUUUCUAACACGCUUGCAACCCCAGAGCAAUUAUCCAACUCUUCUUCAGCGAUCGAUGGCGUGCCUCCAGACUUGGAGACCUCCAUUCGGUUCGCAGGCACGCAGCUCACCCAUGCGGCUGGAGUUCUAUUGCGCUUGUCGCAAGACAUCAUUGCGCAAGCCAUUGUGACGUUCACUCGAUUCUGGAUGGGAGCUGAGGGUGGGAGUCUACGAAUAUACUCCGUCAAGGACGUCUCUGCAGCAGCUCUCUACUUGACCGCAAAGCUCUCGUUCCAACCCACCUCCCCUCGAUCUGUCCUCAACGUCUACACCUUCCUCCUCUCCAAGGACGCCUCCCCGCUGUGGUUCGUCAACCCCAGGGGAACGCCUGACCAACCGAGCCCGGAGACAUAUACCCUCACCGAGGGGGGCUACCUCACCCAGCGCGCCGUUCUCUUCCGUAUCGAAUCGGUCGUCCUUCGUACGCUCGGCUUCGACACCCACGUCACUCUGCCACACACCAUCGCCCUGACCUACCUGCAGACCCUUGGGGUUUCGGCGCCGGCCGUGGCGCGCAGGGUAUUCGAGCAUCUGAAUGGGGCGCUGCUGUCGCCGCAACUGCUGUAUGUCGCGCAUCAGCCGAAUGCGCUUGCGGUCGCAGCUAUAUACCUGGCCGCGCGCGAGGUCGGGGUGAAGCUGGUGGAUGGGGAGUGGUGGGAGGUUUUCGACGUCGAUCGGGAGGAACUGGGGUUCCUGGUUGUUGGGAUGAGGAGCAUGGAGGGAUUCGCGAGGGCGGAGGCGGAUAAAUGGAGGACUAGGACGGUUCCCGUGACGGUUGAGGAGGUGGAGGCUGAGAUUGAGAAGCGGAGGAUGAUGGAGGAGGGCGAAUGA